AUGAACACAACCAGCAACGAGACUCUUACUACUGUAACACAACAAUCUUUUAUCAUUCAUCCUAAUAAAAUAUUGCUUAUGAUUCUCUAUCGUUAUGGUUUGGGAUUUGUUUUCCUUAUUGGUUUUUCUGGUAACUUUGCAAGUUUAGUGACAUUCAUGAGUCCGAUUCUACGUGUUAUGUCAACUGGAUGUCUCUUCUUUAUGCUUGCCAUGGCGGAUAUUUUUUAUCUGAUGAUAUCAAUCUUUGAAUUUGUCGAGGUUGGUAUAGUACAAGAAGGAAUAUUUCUAUCUGUUUACGAUAGUAUAUGUCGAUUUCGUUGGUUUAUGAAAGGAUUCAUUCGAUUCUGCUCAGCUUGGAUUUUGGCAUUCAUCGCGAUCGAUCGUUGGCUGAGAACACGUUUUCCAUACAAGACUAAUCAAUGGUGUACUCGUCGUAACGCAUUCAUCGCAGUAUCAAUUGCCGCCGUAUUUGCUAUUCUUCUUCACAGUCAUAUGUUAAGUAGUCAGUUAUUUGGUGGAUUAUUUCCAGGAACUCCGUCAAUUGCAUGUGGUCCUAUUGAUACUCGUUCACCUUAUGUGUUUUUCUUUUUUGUACAGUGGCAAAUAAUUCAGGUAAAUUACAAAAGUAAUCGAAAAUUCAGGAAUAUCAUUUUUAAAUUUUCAGGUGGCUUUCAUCACGGUGAUACCUGGAUUCCUAAUGAUCACUAUUAGUAUCAGUAUCUACUAUAUGAUUCGCGAGGGAAAGAAACGUAUCCAACCUAUAAAUUUCAAUAAUCAGGAUAGCAGAGGCCAAACUCGCUUACAACGACAAAUGUUACUUUUAAUGAUAUCAAGUGCUAUUCUGUUUUUGAUCACAACUUUGCCUAUGAGUUUUUCUUAUGUUAUCAAUUCCCUUCGUAUUCAUUCUGGCGAAAAUGUUGACAUGAGUGAGAUCAUCAAUGAAGAAGCUGUUCUUACUCUGUUACUUGAUUUGAAUUAUGCCGUAAGUAAUCAGUCGGAAAAUAAUAUCAGUAAGAGAAGCUUCAAAUUUUUAACUGAUUGUUUGAUUCUCUAUGUCAGAUUCUACCGAAAGAGUGCUACUGGUGCAUAUUAUCAAUGUUAUUCUAUAUAGAGUGUGUAAAAAAUUUUUUUUCCAAUAGAUAACUCUACGGUAACAAAUCGUAACCAUAAUGAAUUUUGUACCAAAUGAAAGCGCAGCAAAAAUGGCAUAUUCUAAUGCUAAAUUAUGAGGAUUUUGAAAACUCUUUUUAUGAUGAAAUUAAUUUAUUUUUGAAAAUUUGCACAGGAUCAUCGUGAUCAUGUAUCGAUAAUGAGUUUUUAGGUAAGAAAUGUGCCUUUCGUCAUACAAGUUUAUAUAGGUAUGGUGUGGAUAACACAAAAUUAAAGCAAUUGUUUUUUCGUUUUUUUUAAACAUGAUUAGAUAGAGCUCGUUGAGCUGAGUAAGAAUAUAUAUGUUUUAAUAUUUGUUCACAAAGGUAUUAAGAAGAAAAACUCAAGUUUUUUCGAUAAGCAUCACUAGUCCAUUUCUCCAUAGAAAACUAAAAACAUUGCUGAAUUCUUAAAAGUUUUUUUAGUUUUUUAAGAAACUUUUAUUUCCUUGGAAUAUUUACAAUGAGAUAUAUGGAUUCCUCAUCAAAAACUGCGUCGAUUGGAUCUAUUUUUGACAUGUUUUUUAUUUUCUUUAGUGAAAAUGUGUUUAUCAAAUGAAUGGAGUGCGACAAUAAGAAAAACGUCAAAAAAAGACUUAUCAUAGAUUUUUUGCAAAUCUAUCUAGUUUUUCGCUUCUCAAGAUAUAGCUGAGUUUCAUAUACUAUUGGAACCAUCAGACACUGAGCUUCAAAUUAUAGCUUUGUUUUUUCGAAAUAUUGAUAUAUUG